GGUUAUUUUCAGGGGCUCCCCAGAGGCAAGCCCAGCUGUCUGUGGCACAGGCAGGACCUGUAGAGCAGGACCUGGAGCUGUCCUGCAGCAGUGUCAUCACCUCUCUGCACAGAUGCUGCCGUCUGCUGCUCCAUCAGCUCCCUGGUGCUCCACAGAGCAGCGUUUUCGCAAGCACCUAAGGGCACAGUGGUGCUUGGAUGCAGAGGCAGAGAAAGGGAACUUCACCAGAGAGCAAGGCAUUUAGACCAAAAAGAGUAUUGUGAGUGAAUAUGCAAAUUCAACACACACCACCAAGGGCACCAGAGCAAUAGAGGAAGCCAAAAUGAGCCAGAAAAGCAAAAGAAGUUUAAAGGAGAAAUUUUCCUUGAAGAACAGCCUGGUUAAAGAAGCCCUCUCAGAGUUCCUGGGAACUUUUAUACUGAUAGCCCUUGGCUGUGGGUGUGUGGGGCAGGCUGUGCUCAGCCGGGGACAGCAUGGAGGGCCCAUGACGGUGUCGGUGGGAUUUGCCAUGGCAGUCACCAUAGCAGUCUACGUGUCCGGGGGCGUUUCUGGUGGUCACAUAAACCCAGCUGUUUCAUUAGCCAUGUGCGUGACUGGAAGAUUAAAAUGGACCAAAUUACCAAUUUACAUAUUAGCACAACUCCUGGGAGCAUUUGUUGGAGCAGCGGCUGUCUUUGGGAUUUAUUACAAUGCCUUUAUGGAGUAUAGUGAUGGAAAACUUGAAGUCACAGGACCUAAUGCAACAGCACAAAUCUUUGCAACAUAUCCAGCUCCCUAUCUGACCCUCGUAAAUGGAUUUGCAGAUCAGGUGAUGUCAACAGCUGUUCUUCUUCUGGCUAUAUUUGCUAUUUUUGACACCAAAAAUAACAGCGUACCCAAGGGCCUGGAGCCAAUUGCAGUAGGACUUCUUAUAAUUGUUCUUACUUGCUCCUUGGGAAUGAACAGUGGCUGUGCCAUGAACCCAGCCAGGGAUCUUGGCCCAAGGCUCUUCACAGCUGUUGCAGGAUGGGGGAUGGAAGUAUUCACGGCUGGUAAUAAUUGGUGGUGGGUUCCUAUAGUUGCACCUCUGCUGGGAGGUGUACUUGGAGCAAUGAUCUAUGUCAUUUUUAUUGAACUUCAUCAUGCAGAUCCUCAGCCAGAAGAAAAUGACACGCAUGCUAAAUAUGAAUUGACCAAUAUGUCAUAAGAAGUGAAGAAUUUUCUCUGUCAUUUUGUUGUGCAGCUUUUAUGCAAAUGGUUGUUUGGACCACUGUAUGAAACCCAUAUGCCUCAAUUAGAAAUUCACCUUUCAAAGCACAAAUUCUGUAUAGAAGUUCAAAAUUGCAGCCUUUCCAUGAAACAUUGGGCUGAUUACAUUCAAAAUUGUAUCGUCACUAUGGGAAGGCUAAACUGUCCUUUUUAUAUAGCUUUUAGAACAAGUUAUUUCCUAGAUGCAAUUGUAGUGAGAUGAUGCACUGACCUGUUAAUUCAACUCAUAUGAUCUUAAUCAUGUUGCCUAAUUAAUGAAGAUAGUUUAGAUAUUGAUGCAAAACUGCAUGCAUAGCUAUUUAAUGGGUCCAGUGCUGAAUUAAUGUGCAAGAGCAUCACUCACUUCUUAGGAAUGGCUUGCCUAAACAUUUAAAAUUAUACCCAAAUUGUCUAAAUGCCAAUUAAAGCAGUUUAAAAAAUAACUUUACUAUAUUUUAUGGAGCCACUAUUGAUCAGCAAGAAACCAGCUCCUCAGUGCGUGUGUUUACUAACAAUAAGAUCACAAAAGGUAAAAACUGUUGUAAGAUCAGCACUAAAGAGACAAAGGGUAACUUCUGCACAGGGUCUUCACAGCAUUAAUGCUUAGUUAUUUUUAGACUAUUUACUUGACCUUUAUGCUACCCAAUAUUAAAAGCCUUAUGUAGAAUACUAAUCUGAAUCUCUUCCGCUGUGCUUUCUGGAUACAAUUCAUUCCUGUGGAGAUGACCCAGCAAGAGGCUGAUGCUGUGCAGAGGUCAGCACAAAGCCUAUGUCUGUGUAAACUUUAAAGAGUCCUGCUGCUACUGAUUUACAUAGGUGGAUUUCAUCUGCAUUGUGGGAACAAUUUUUAAUGUGGGAGCAAUAAUUAAAAUUAGAAACUGGUCUUAGAGCUAGUCCUAGGUCUGAUUCCCCAAGGAAGGCCAGAUCCACAUCAGAGUUCUGAUAUGUGUGUUCUCUCCCACUAAAGAGAAAUGGUUGGAUAUAUACCCUAUCCUAAAUAUCCAGCCUUGAAAAUGAAAUUAUUUCUGCUUAAUCAUUGUGAAUUGAAUGUAUUCAGUUAAAUCAAAGUUUAUUUCUAUUAUGUAUACAUCUAUCCAUGGUUGGUGGUGGUGAUCAUGAAUAAAAAAACAUCCAAUUCAGCAA